CUUUCAGUCUUUUAAUUCGAUCGUAUAAGAGAUCGAUAUGGCAAACUGUAGCAAAUUGCAUGUGCCCGACGAAAUCGUGGAGGAAAUCCUAUCGAGACUACCUCCUAAAUCCUUGAUGCGAUUCAAAUGCGUCUGUACCUUGUGGUGCAAUCUUAUCAAAAGCCAUAGUUUCGUAGCCAAACACCUCUCCAAUUCUCUACGCGCAUCCUCAUCCGUUUCCAUUCUUUUCAAGCACACCGUUGAGAAGAUGGUUGACCAUGAGAUAUCUAAUGAAGAAGGGUCGAUUCUAUUGUCAUUACUUAAUCGCUGCAACGAUGAUGUUGACGACCUUUUUUCAAUUGUUGUUGAGAAUCUUAAUGUUCCGCCUCCUCUGAAUCAGAUAGGAUUUUCCUCAUAUCUUGGAAUUGCUGGUCAUUGUGAUGGUAUAAUUUGUCUGAAACUUUUUUAUGGUAACGUUGUUUUAUGUAACCCAGCAAUCAAGGAAUUCAAGCUUCUUCCCAAGUCUGUUCUUAUCCUCCCCAAUAGGGACUCUUUGUAUCUUGCCUUUGAAUUAGAAAACUACACUGAAUUAUUGGGAUUUGGCUAUGACCCCAAAGGCAAAGAUUACAAGGUUGUUAGAUUGCUAGUGUAUAGUUUGUUUUCUUAUUGGUUUAAAACAGAGGUAUACACAAUGGGUUCUAAUUCUUGGCGAGAGAUCAAGACCAAAUAUACCAAUGAUUAUCAUUUCAAAGAUUGCUGGGAUAAGCAACAGCUGUUUUACGAGGGAAAAUAUUAUUGGCAGGUAUGUGGGUUUGACAGGGGCCACAAUCUCGUCCACAAGUUCAUCCUUUCAUUUGAUAUGGGUGAUGAACUUUUUUAUGAGAUAUCGCUUCCCUGGCAAGAUACAGAAACAUAUGGAGGGACUCAAGGGAGGCUUGCAGUGUGGAAAGGCUCUAUUGCUCUUGUUUCCUUUGAACAUGAAAUUGUGGGUCCUCAAUCCUUCGACAUAUGGGUUAUGAUGAAUAACUCCUGUGGUGUCAAGAGUCCGUGGACAAAAUAUUUGACCAUAGGACCCAUGGAAGGCAUUGACAUUCCAGUGGUUUAUCCGUUGGUAUUUUGGAAAAAUGACGAGCUUGUUAUGGUUGCUGUGGAUGGACGCGUAGUCUCGUAUAACCUUGGUACACAGACAUUCAAGUAUCUUCCUAUUCAUUUUGUUGAAGAUUUUCCAGACACUCAAGCGGUUGUUUAUAUGAGUAGCAUCGUUUCCGUUGAGGGAGGUGACAAACUUGAAGGCAUAGAUAAUACUGCUUUUUAUGGCAUCAUGACACUUCCAAAUGGCAGGUUGACGAGUGCUGGACCACAUAAAUACUCCUACUACUAG